UUGCUUGAGAGCCACUCUGAGCUGGGAUGCUAGUUUUGCUGUUCACCUAUGAGAUCCCAAGGAGCUUGUAGUAUCUAUCUGCCAAUUAGUGGCUUAGUUUCUUCAGUGCCAGAAGUAUAUGGCCAAAGUCUUAGCGUGUUCUUCCUGAAGGAGUCCAUUAUGCAGCAGCUGUUCAGAAAAGACUUGGCUUAUCUUCUUUGCUGUGCAGCCCUUUCCUGUUGAGUAGACCCACUGAAAUUAAUAGUCCUAACUUAGCUGUGUCUGUUAAUUUCAGUAGGUCUGCUCUGAGUAUGAUGAACAUUGGAUACAACUCUCUGUGUAACCAGCACUACCACAGCUGGGCAAGGUUUGAAGUUGUUUGAUCUCUUGUUUUGCUAAAGAAAUUAUGAUGCCUAGAGGUGCUCUCUCUUUUUUUAAAAAAUGGUUUUGGGGUGAUGACAGCCCAGGUCUGUGAAGCAGAGAAAGAACAUUUAGAUUUUGAGAUUUUAUAAUACUCUUUCAAAUUAUUAACUUUAUGUGACUCUUAAGGACCUAAAUUUAGUUUGAAACCACCUAGGGCAGGACAGCAUGGUUAAGCGCUGCAGGAAACACUGCUGUUACAGUGAUGUCCUUCUUGGCAGGCAAGUGUGGAAGAGAAAUAUUCCUGUAUAUGCAUCUGGGGGAUGUAAUUGACCGCAGCUUCCCAGACAUUUGUGUACAUUCAUUUCCCUGCAUUUUUUAACUUCUGCACGGUAUAUGUUUGCUGCAGAAAACGUUGGUACAUCGGUGUUUCUCACAGCAAUCAUAACGCACUUUUCGUGGUCUAUGUCUUACGAUUAUUCUAGAAGAAAACUAAUGUAUAUUUAAUGGAAACUAUCAUUGUGGAAUAUCCAUCCCCCACCCCAGUUUAUACUAAGCUUAAGGAUGGAUAAUUCUCAUUGUUGUGACAUCCUCAUCAAAACAGCUUUGGUCCUUUCCACUUUAUGGAAAUAGGAUUUCCCCCCCCAGUUUAUCCAAACAAGAAGGUUCUCAGAUAUACCUCACUUAAAGCAGAAAUGGAAGUACUCUUCUGUCCAUCUGUAUUUAUCUUCCCUUCUUCCUUCUUCCAAAUAAACUUAAUCCAGAAAGUUAAACUCUUGCAUCUCCCCUCCUCCCCCCUUUUCUCAUUUAAUUCAUGGAAGGAACAAGAAGGGAAAAGGGGGUUAUACUGAGGCUGCAUCUCCUGCGUGUGUUAGGUGUGUGAAUGUUGGAAAGUACUAUACUCUGUAUUGAAGCAUUUAGUUAUCUUACAUAUUGGGGAAGAGAAUAUAUGCGGCUUUGUAAAAGUCUGAAUUGAGCUGAUUCAAACAGCUGGAUUUGUGUGGGACGAAUGGGGGGAGGUGUAAUUACUUUAUUCCCUGCUGGUAGGAGGACUUAAAACAAAACACACUGUUUGGGUUUACAUAAAGGGACUUGGAGAAAUCAAUUAGCAACAGGUAAGACAUUCCCAUCUCCUAUCUCUCCAUGGUCACUGCAGUGAGAAUAAGUAUGUAUUUCUUUAAAACAUAAUAUACUUGAGAACCUUUGUUUUUAAUGUAGAUUUUAAAAACAAUAAAAGGAUGGUUUGCUGUAGGAAGUAUUUUCAUAGAGGCUCUUCAGGAUUAAUAUCCCGUCUUUGGGGGGAGGGAGAACCCACAGAAAUAAAUGUGGUUGCUGGAUUUCACCCAAUGAGUGCAGGAGAAGGCCACGUAGCACAAGAUGAAUUUUAUAAACAGUUUACAUAUAUAUCGUCAUGUGUGACACAUCUCUUUUGCUGUAUAUGCAAAAGAAGCCCAGAUUAAAAGUGUGUGUGUGCAGCAGAAAUAACAUUGCUUUUAAGGCUUUAAUAGUAAGGAGGUACAGUAGUCUCAAAAACAGGCUAACCUUAGGCACGUUACUUAUGGUGGGCUGAGGCAUCCCUAAAGCUACAUCAUCUCGUAGCCUGUGCUUGUAAUGAUCUAAUCUUACAGCACAAAUGUAUGCAUUUGUUGCAUCAAGAUGUGCGUAAGAACUAACAUGCCAUUUCCUAUACAGAAGUGAUGUCCUUGUAUGAUGAGAUGUCCAUAUAUGAGAUCUUACCUUGUGUGAAGUGACUGUAAGAUCCUGUGACUGUUCAUAUUGGUAUAACUGUGUGUUGAAAGAAGAAAAGGACACCUGCAUGCAGCCAGUGAAGAUGCUCUUUACUUCAACAUCAGCUUUUUAAGCUGAAUGCAUUGUGAUUUCCAGUAAUUGAGACAGUGAUUCUGAAAGCUGUCUACAUUAAUGAAAAAAACAAUGUAGUCAGCUUAAUUGAAUCAUCAGUGUUGCAUAUUGAAUAGAGCAUGACAAAUCCCAUCUUGAUGGACUUCUGCAUGUUAGGAGUAUAGUUCAAUAUUCCUUUUAUUUAAAGCCUUGGUUUUUUUGUAAGUUUUAAUUAUGGAGAAUUAUGAAAAUGCACCUCCCCUUCCAAAAGAGCCAGCAACAGAAGUGAAUGUGGAGAACCAUUCUUGUCCCCCACCACUGCCGCCUAAUGAACAGCCUCCACCACCUCCCCUGCAAACGUCCAGUGACGCAGAGGUAAUGGACGUUGGCUCUGGUGGUGAUGGACAGUCAGAUACCCCUGCUGGGGACGCACACACUGUCGGCAAAAUACAGCUUCUCACAAAGGGAUCUUCAUGCUACAACAGUCGUCUUAUCGUAGAUCCUAAUAGUGACCAAAGCCCAAGAACUGCUCGCCAUGCGCCUUCAGUUAGAAAGUUUACUCCUGAUCUUAAGUUGCUUAAAGAUGUAAAGAUUAGUGUUAGCUUUACAGAGAGUUGCAAAAGUAAAGACAGAAAAGUUCUGUACACUGGAGCUGAGCAAGAUUAUGAGGCAGAUUCAGAUUUAGGUAUUAAUAAAGUCAAUGGGGGUAUGCAUGCUUGUCCUCUUGGGAGUAGUAAUGGUCAAGCUGCACAGGCAGCUGGUGAAAAUGAUGAGAAAAAGGAUGAUGAAAAUGAUGUAGAUCAGGAAAAGCGAGUUGAGUAUGCAGUUCUGGAUGAUUUAGAAGAUUUUACUGAAAAUUUGAUGGAAAUAGAUGAAGAAGGAGGGUUUACGUCUAAAGCAAUCGUUCAGAGAGACAAAGUGGAUGAGGAAAACUUAAACUAUUCAUACGAGGAUGAAUUUGAUAACGAUGUGGAUGCUUUGCUGGAAGAGGGCCUUUGUGUUCCUAAGAAAAGGAGAAUAGAUGAGAAAUAUGCCGGGGAGAGUGAUCAUCAGUCUGAUGGAGAGAUGACUGUGCAGCCAAUGAUGACCAAAAUAAAAACAGUUCUUAAAAGUCGUGGCCGUCCACCUACAGAGCCCUUGCCUGAUGGAUGGAUCAUGACGUUCCAUAACUCGGGCAUUCCUGUAUAUCUGCACAGAGAAUCCAGAGUUGUUACCUGGUCAAGACCUUACUUCUUAGGAACAGGAAGCAUUAGGAAACACGAUCCUCCAUUGAGUAGCAUUCCUUGUUUGCAUUAUAAGAAAAUGAAGGAAAAUGAAGAAAGGGAACAAAGUAAUGACAUCACCCCAAAUGGGGAAGUAUCACCUAUUAAACUCCUGGAUAAGUCUUUAGAAUUUGACUGCCAAACAGAGGAGCCAGACUCCACUGCCGCUGAUUCUGGGACAUUAGAUGAGAAAGACCCACCUGGAGGAGAUGCAGCACAAGGAGCCUUAGGUCAAGUUAAGGCAAAAGUUGAAGUGUGCAAAGAUGAAUCAGUAGAUCUUGAAGAUUUUAGACACUACCUUGAAAAACGUUUUGAUUUUGAACAAGUAACUGUAAAAAAGUUCAGAACCUGGGCUGAGAGACGACAGUUCAAUCGUGAGAUGAAGAGGAAACAAGCAGAGUCUGAGCGACCCAUUUUGCCAGCCAAUCAGAAACUUAUUACUUUGUCUGUACAAGAUGCACCCACAAAGAAAGAAUUUGUUAUUAAUCCCAAUGGGAAGUCUGAAGUUUGCAUCCUUCAUGAAUAUAUGCAACGAGUCCUAAAGGUUCGACCUGUUUACAAUUUCUUUGAAUGUGAGAACCCAAGUGAGCCUUUUGGAGCCUCAGUUAUUAUUGAUGGAGUGACUUAUGGGGCAGGGACUGCAAGCAGCAAGAAACUUGCCAAGAAUAAGGCUGCCCGAGCUACACUGGAAAUCCUCAUCCCUGACUUUGUUAAACAGACCUCUGAGGAAAAGCCCAAAGAUAGUGAGGAACUAGAGUAUUUUAACCAUAUCAGUAUUGAGGACUCACGGGUAUAUGAACUGACCAGUAAAGCUGGAUUAUUGUCUCCAUAUCAAAUCCUUCAUGAGUGCCUUAAAAGAAACCAUGGGAUGGGUGACACAUCCAUCAAGUUUGAAGUGAUUCCUGGUAAAAAUCAAAAGAGUGAAUAUGUCAUGACAUGUGGGAAGCACACUGUGCGUGGCUGGUGUAAAAACAAGAGAGUUGGAAAACAGUUGGCAUCUCAGAAAAUCCUUCAGCUACUUCAUCCACAUGUGAAAAACUGGGGAUCCUUAUUGCGCAUGUAUGGUAGAGAGAGCAGUAAGAUGGUUAAGCAGGAGACUUCUGAUAAAAGUGUGAUAGAGCUUCAGCAGUAUGCCAAAAAGAACAAGCCAAAUCUGCACAUUCUGAACAAGUUACAGGAAGAAAUGAAGAAAUUGGCACAAGAAAGGGAGGAAACACGAAAGAAACCCAAGAUGACAAUUGUAGAAUCUGCUCAACCUGGCAGCGAGCCUCUGUGUACUGUUGACGUGUGAUCAGAAUAGAUAAUAAUUGGGGAGCAAUAAAACAAGUGAAGAAAGCUAGUUUUUUCCAACAAUUUAAUUAAGAAUUGGUCUGCUACAGAAUGCAAAAUAACAUAACAAUCCAAGCUGCUUCAAAUAUGCAUUGUUCUUUUGCAUAAUCAGGGCAAUAGUACUGAACAGUUUUUUACCUCUGAGAUGUACAUUUAUACAAGACAGCAAAAAUCUGUGUGGGUCAAUAUUUAGAGGUGGCUGGGCAAGCAUAUUCACACAGGAUAAGUUGCAGCAAGCACUCCCCCCCCUUAGCAACUAUACAUGCUGUCUUGAAUGGAUGUGUUUAAGGAUUAAAUCCCGAAUGUCUAUGUAAAGAGUGGAGUGAAUGUAUAAUAUAGGAAUACAACUGUACACACUCUUGAAUGAAUAUGCUGACAACUGUUUUCUGAAAAAGAGUUUCGCUGCAUUUCAGCACAGAAUAAUAUGCACUGAUAAGACACUUUUGACAGCUAUGUUGGGGGGAAAAGUGGAAAGCAAUGUUCCUUAAUGCCAUAAAGAUUAGGCCAGUGCUGCUUUUUCUUGAAUUUUGGCAGGCUUAAGAUUUUUAACAUCCUGGUACACCAAUAUUUAGACAGUGUUGAGCACCAACGUGUUCGCUUCUUAAAUUGCUGGGUAUCUUUUUUUAAGACAUAGGAAACCAUUAUUGUUUACAUAAACGACAAGUGGAAAGAAGUAUACAGCCUUUCAUUUGUCUCACUACUGUGAACCACAGGUGACUGGGUAUUGGAUGACCAAGCACCAGUGCUUUGCAGCUUCUCUUAUUCUGGUCUUGAGAGACUCCUCCACAAGACUCAUAAGAAUGAACUGAGAGUGUGCAGCAACAGUGCUUGGUAACUUGCAUUUUCCAUCACUUGUAAGACACCCAGUUGGAAAGCAGUCUGAAAAUAUACUGACAGUUCUGAUAAAAUCAAAAUUUAAUUGAAUCUUCCUCUAUGGUAAUAGUUUUUGUUUAAUGCAGCUGUAUCUAAUUGAGAUUUUACUCUCAUGCACCAUAUUAUCAUUACACAAACAAAAAGAAAAAAAACUGGUCAUGCAAAUCACUGGAGGAAUUUUAGCAUAUUCAAAAAUUGUCACUGGCUUUGUUUUACUAAAUGCUUAAAAUUUGCAACGUAGUUUCUGCUGUGGAAACUAUUAGAAUGUAAUUUGGGAACAUCAGAGAGGACUUUAAGAAGACCUUCUGCAUAAGUUGUAUUGAGUUGAAAUAAAGAACAUGAAUAUGCAAAUAUUUGUCUUUAUAUAUAGUUUCUUAAGCUGUGAGUACUUGGAUAUAUUCAUUACAAAAUACUUCGAGUAGCAAAGACAUAGCUCUCAAAACGACCAGCGCAGUCCAGAAAUACUUCUGUAGUUACUUUUACACUCCAAAAAGACAAAGAACUACUUCAGUGCCACUGAAUGUAGUCUGUUUGCUGAAGUAUCUCCUAAUACACAGUAUAUUUUUACUGACAUUGAACAUCUGUUAAGGUACACUAUUUUCAUAUGUUCCCAGUUGCAACAUGCAAGAAAAGUAAUGCAUCAGGAGACAAUUGCAUGGAGGUGGUUUGAUCAAGACCUUUAGCAGUAGGUGUAGGGUCCCCUGCCUCACACUUGAAAUAGACUGUGUCAGCUUCUGUGGAAGGGUGUUCUGGGAUGCCAAAAACGGUGGCCUGAUCAUUAUACAUGCAAAUCUACAGUUCUUAGUGCCAUGAAUUCCAUUAGUUAUACUAAGUUUGACAUAAGGUAAACAUAGAUGCCUAUUUGCCAAGAGGUAACUUAAUUAUGGGUGCAUAUCACCACAUGGCCAGUCACAUGUAGCGUUCCACCAAGACUACAUAUCUACCUAAUUUGAAAUCCAAGGUGAUAUGAUCCUCUUACCAAAUGUUUACAUGCCUGCUGUGUUAUACAUUACUGCUUGGCAAACAACCAUUUUGAUUCACCCACUGUUUUUUGCUGCCAAUACUGAGAGCAGAGUGCAUAUGGUCUACAAAUCAGUAAAAUUCACAUUCUAAGCCAGAGGAAGCAGACUACUUCAAAGCUAGCUGAAAGCCUCUUUUAGUAUGUCAUGCUUACCUUGCUAAUUUUGGCAGUAAUAGUGAGCCCAUCCUAACAUCGAAUUAUAGCUGCUAUCAAAGUUGGUAAGUUGUUUUCAUCCAUAUUUAUAUACAAGCUAUUUCCUGCCAAAUGAUUUUUUGGAACUUUAUUCACAUCUCUCCUGAAAAUGGUUGCAAUUAAUAUAACAAAUGUUCUAACUGCACUGCCUCCAUUCUACAGAAAAUCUAGCUUUGUCCAUAUCUGCUGUACUUUUUUUUUAAAAAAAAAGUUCAAGCCAAAUGGGCUUUCUUCUAUGCCUUUUAAAGUAGGUUUUUACACCUGUGCAUUUCUUGCUUCUAAAAAAGCUUAUUUUUAACUGCACUUUCUCAAUAAAUCUCUGCAUAGAUAUAUUUUUCAAAAUCAAUGUUUUGCGGGAUACCUGCAGCAUAUAUCCAUAGAUGCCUCAUUCUUUUAAGUGUUUACCACAUUGACCAUCUUGCUUUAGUAUUACCUCAGUCUGCCAAGAUCUGAAUCCUACGAAGGUGACCACUGCCCUUAAAACAUCCAGAUGUGUCAUUGUGAACCAAAGGCUAGUACAAAUUAUGCAUUUUUUUAAAAGGUAUUUGAUGUGCUGUAGCCUCUUUGGCAAGAUGUUCAAAGCGCAAUAACUGCUGGAACAAACAAUGUAACUGCUGUUGUCACUGUGAAGUAUUGUAUUUCUGAUGUUUACUGUUUGAAGUGUAACAGUCUUGCAUUUGCACAUAAGCAUAAGCUGCUAUGUUAGAGGGUAAAUCAUUGCAUUAAUUUCAGCUUCUGCAUGAAUACUUAUGCAGUGUGAUUUGACAUCCAAAAUUGUUUUGUAUCUUUUGUGAUUUUUCUAGUUAGUCAUCUGUAAUGGUUUCAGUCUAAACCAAAACUUUCAAGCCCUUUUCUCAAUGAAUCAAAUUAAUGUGGAUGGGCUUCAUUAAUAAAUAGCUGUUCCAACCUCUAGGAACAGCUUUUGUUUUACAUAUUAUAUGCUUCUUGACAGAUGUGAGAAAUUGAUUUGAAAGAUAGAAUUGGUACUUAUUUGAAUAAUACUGAGUGGAAAGUUACUAACUUUAGUGGAAAAUCAAAUGCUACCCAUUUAAAACCUCCAGUGGCUUGACUAAAGCUUUAACAACUGUUUUAGUACUUGGCUUUCCAGCUGUUGGAAACAAAUAUCCAACUAUGCUGUUCUAAUGUUCUUUGUUGUACACCGCCCUGAGAGCUUUCUGCUAUAGGGCGGUCUAGAAAUGUAAUUAAAUAAAUAAAUAAAUAAAUAAUGGUCAUCACACUUAACAAAAGUAUUCCUUUCUAGCCCUAGUCUGUGUUCCUUGGUUCUGGUGAGAAAAUGGACAUUGAUAGCUGUUGUGGAAACAAUCCAAAUUAAGUUAGCCAUUUGGAACAAUUCAACAGUGAUCAUUUACAAGAUUGUAUUUUAAAAAUUAAUGUGACCAACUCAAUGUUAUUGGGUGCUGUAUGAAUUGUAUGUUGAGUGCAGUUCCUCAAUGCUGGUGGUCAGUUGAUAUAACUAUAAAGCCUCUUUCAUUGAGCCUCUGUGUUAGGUCUUUUGAGUACUUGUUUUUCCCAUAAGCAUUAGUUUUGAGCAAUAAAGUUGCAUAAGAUGCUAUGAGUAACUGGUGCUGUAGGUCAUUGUUCCUUUACUGCUUUUAAGAAAUUCAUAUUGAACUUACCCUGGG